AUGUUGUGUGCAGAGGAGGCGGUCGAGAGUGCGACCAUAGGCGGCGCGGCGUGGGCCGCUCGGCGCGCACCGAUGGCCGCCAGCGGGGAGCGCGCCGACUGCGACGCACCCGGCGAGUUCCUGGCGGAGUUCCUGUCGGCGAUCAUGCGGCGCCAGUACGCGGAGGCGCUCAAGUACUGCCGCCUCAUCCUGCAGUACGAGCCGCACAACGCCACCGCGCGGGGCUUCUUCCCGCUCUUGCAGCACAAGCUUGCAGCGCACGAGGCCGCGGCUGCGUCGGCGGUUCCCGAUUCCGAGGACUUUGCGGGCGCUGACGGUUGGCACGGCUUGGAGCCAUCGGGUCGCCGCACUCGCUCCCUGCGAUCGCGCACCUCGGCGGCGGCACCAGAGGAGGCGAUGGAUCUGGAGGAGUCGGGGUCGUCGCCGCGCUCGCGGUCCGGCUCGGUGGGAUCCGCCGGCUCGUGCUCCCAGUCCUCGCUGGAGCUGGACUCCUCAGAGGCGCCCGCACGCUCCUCGCCCAGCCUCUCGCUGAGCCGCCGGACCGACCUCACAGACAGAGCAGGAGGCUCAUCUGAUGAAGUGAUCACCUCCGCUCAUGAACAUCUGCAACACCGAACGGUUUGCAAAUGCGUUGCCGGCAAGCGAGCUCGACGCCCGCGCGGUAUGGCAGGCGAGCUCGACGCCCACGCGGUAUGGCAGGCGAGCUCGACACCGCCACCUCCUGACAAAACCGUGCGUCGGCUGAGUUCAAUGAGAGUGCACUCGGCGCCAUUGGGCGCGUCGGGCGAAUGCGGUGCGUCGGGGUUGUCGGCGGCGACGGCCGAGUCCGGCGCGUGGAACGGCUCCGAGGCGUCCAUCGCGCUCAGCGGCUCGUUGGCGUCGGCCAGCGACAGCGCCGCCACGGAGCCCACCGAGCCCACCGAGCCCACGGAGCCCACGGAGCCCACGGAGCCCGACGCCGACGACAACGGCAACCCGCCCGCGAGACACGCACCCGGAAAUAUGAACCAUCGCUCUUUGGCAGAGGAUGUCCAGAACGACAACGCAGAGGACGAUACAGACUCCCAUCGGGCGUCUCGUCUCAAGAAUACUUUCUGUCAGAAACUGGGGCUUCGUCGC